AUGGGCACACUAAAGCAAAGCAACAUGACAGAAGAACUUGACUUGAGAGAACAGCCUUCAAAGAGCACUGUUUCCCCCAUCCAGUAUUUUUAUGGUUCCAGUUUUAUGACGGACAGCACUAAUCUCAUUUGGGUUCAGGUGAUCCUCAUAACAGCAUAUUCUCUAAUUAUCCUCUUGGGACUUGUUGGCAACUCUUUGGUAAUAUACAUGAUUGUAAAAUACAAAAACAUGAGGACAGUAACAAACUUUUUCAUAGCCAAUUUAGCUGUGGCAGAUCUUAUGGUGGACAGUCUUUGCCUACCUUUCACCCUGGUCUAUACAUUAAUGGAUGAGUGGAAAUUUGGACCAGUACUUUGCCACUUGUUCCCUUAUGCCCAAGCCAUGAGUGUCAAUGUCUCAACUCUGACCCUAGUUGUCAUCGCUUUGGAUAGAUACUGGUGUAUUGUAUUUCACCUAAGUAGUCGGAUCUCCAAGAAGUUCAGCUUCUUAAUUGUCACCGUUACAUGGGUAGCAGCUUCCAUUUUUGCUAUUCCUUUAGCUAUUUUUAGAGAAUAUAGGUUUGAGGACUUGCCAGCCUUAAAACUCAAAAUAGCUGUUUGUGCUGAGAAGUGGCCCUCAAAUAACAGCAGGGAUGCAGCCAUCUACAGCAUUUCUAUGCUUCUUCUACAGUAUGUCCUGCCUCUUGUUGUAAUCUGCUAUGCUUAUAUCAGAAUAUGGUUGAAGCUCAAGAACCAUAUAAGUCCAACACCCAGAAGUGAUACCCAACAACGAAGAAAAAAUACAACUAAGAUGCUGGUGACAAUGGUUGUUGUGUUUGCAGUUUGUUGGCUUCCCUUUCAUGUCUUCCAGUUGGCCAUUGACUUGGAUUGGGUCCUUGUAUUCCAAGAGUACAAGCUCCUUUAUUCCAUAUUUCAUGUUAUCGCCAUGUGCUCUACCUUUGUCAACCCACUCCUCUAUGGCUGGAUGAAUAAGAAUUACCGGAAUGGAUUUCUUAUGUUUUUUGGCUGCAAGAACAAACUGCAAAGCAGCCAACCGGAUGGCUCCCUCCGUGGCAAUUCUUAUACUUUUCGUGCCACCACUUAUCAUAGUAGUUUUCGGUAUGCAGUAGAAAAUGGACAUCCUCCAACCCAUGUGUAA